UUAAAACCCUCCCUUACCUUUUAUUUCCCUAAUCUUCUCUUAUGUUUCUAUGCCGACAGACCUUCAGUUAUUAUCCUCCUCGGUGCCAAUCCACACACAAAUGACGCCUAAGACUGAAUGAAAUUCUCAUCCCCACCCAUGGAAGAUAGCCACCAUACAAUGUCGCCCACAGUGACAACACCUACCCUUCCAAAGGGCUACGUGCUCCACGCGGGCUAUCCUCCCAUUUCCUCCUACAGGCAUCUCCGGUCCGCCUCGGGGCUAACCGCUCGAUCCGUUGCCCAAGCAGCGCCUGUCGCGUCCAAUUCCUGGUACGGAUGCUACAUCACGUAUGACGACAACAACAACAACAAGCCCGUAGAAGUAGCAAUGGGACGAAUCAUUGGCGAUGGAGGAUGGUACUUCCACAUCGCCGACAUGGCUACCCUCCCAGAGCAUCAGCGUAAGGGGCUAGGAGACGUGGUGCUCAAGGAAUUACUUGCUUACAUUGGUCGCCACGCGCCGUGUGAUGAGAAGGAGGGUGAGUACCCUUAUAUUACGCUUUUUGCGGAUGGGCCGGGCAGGAGGUUGUAUGAGAAGAACGGGUUCAAGGAGACGGCGCCCCGUUCACUCGGAAUGCAACUAGUAUAUGAUCGCGGGCUUGUUGUGCCUGGGCGGUGGGUACUGGGUAGCUAGGGAAGUAGGAGUAACACCCGAGGAUGAGAUGAGAGUUGCUGCUGAGGAUGGGAGGGAGUAAGGGAUGGAUGGCGAAGAUGAGGCGACGACGGAUGUUUGACUAAGUAGGCACUCACCGGAGUUGUAUGGCGUGUGGUAAGGACUGUGAAUAUAGACCUGGAAUUUCGCAUGCUUUUAACUUGCCUUUUACAUGUCCUUCUUU